CUGGGACUUGACAAUUCGUUGAUUACUCGCCAUCUCAUCCAUCCUUGACAAGAAUCACAAUUGGCCUCUACGUAGCGUAUCCUUCGCUUUUGCACCCGAUCGCUUCGUAUUGGCCUCCAUCCUCACCUCCACGUACCAGACUGCCAUUGCAACGGCUUCAACGGGGUCAGCUACCCCAGGUCACAACACAUAGCGAUCGCAGUUCAGCUGCUUCCUCUGGACCAUCUUGUUGAUGUCGAGAGCGGUCUUCCCUGGCCAAGCGGAUACUAGCCCGAAGCCAUUCCUCGCAUCAUCCUUGGGUUUGGGCAACACACCACUUCAGAGCAAGUCGACUUUUCGUGAGGGAAUCAAGAGCCUCCAGCAGGCUGCCAACUACGCACCGCUCUCACGAGCACCAUUGCUAGAGCCUCACGACAUUACCUCUGCCAUGAUGCAAUUAGGGAGAAGCUCCGAAGACUGGAGCUCUCUCGCCGCUUCCUCCUCUUCCUCCAGUCGACCUCCAAUGCUCCCACGAGGCGAAUCUACAAAGACCAUCAGUGGUAGAGGAAGCUCCAGGCCUGGACUACAGAUCUCGACGUCCUCGGAAAUGCUCACGCCAGCAGCACGAGUAGUCAACAAUCCCUUCGAUGGCGCAACAGUUGCUGAAAGACUGGAGCGCAAGGUGGAGUCACCCCUGCACCCAUCCUCGGACGUCGACACGGACACCGAAUCGUACCCUUCUUCUCUAGCAACCUCUGCAGACAGUGCAGCAAACUCGAACAGCCCCAGAAGUCUGCCUAGCCGGACCUUGACCGGUAAAACCAGGCUUCAUCCGAACUACGGGACCCCCCUCUACAGGGCGAGCAGUCCACUAGGGAGAAUUACCAGUCCUGACUCGUGGCGAUCACUCUUGCCCGAGGACGAUCCUUACUUUGCAGCAGACACAGAGGGCUUUGAUGCUCGCCAAAGCACAAUGCUCUUCUCGGACGACGGAAACCCUGAUCGACCUGACUUCAUCCGCCAGGGGAGCGGCGAGUCCAGCAGCGCCAGCUCUGCCAUGGACGGGUCCCGUCGCCUCUCUAGCUCCAGUAGUCUAGGCAGUUUUAGCAGCUCCGUGUCGUUGCUGCCGCCAAUUGCCAUCGCAGCGGGGCCCAACGAUGACUGGCCAGUCGACAGCUGGCGUAGUCUCCUCCCGCCCAGUGAACCUACAAAUCGUCGCUCAACGGCUAGCCCAGGUCCCUCAUCUGUCUCUCCUUCACAGCCUUCACACGUUGCCGGCCGAGACGACGAUGCAAGUCUUGCUAACAAUCGAGUAGCCGCGAUUGCAAUUGCGAGUCGCGACUCGAAUCUUCGUCGCCCGGCUAGCUUCUCCACCUUCGACAAGGUCGCUCCCGAAGUCGGCCAUCGGGCACAGGAGCGCCCAGAGACUGCCUCAGACGCUAGUGAUCCGGCUUCUCAGGCGUCCUACAGACCUCGUGGAACUACCGAAUCUUCAGUGACCGGCCGAGUCGCCGACGCACCACGCUCCACCAGUCUGUCCAGUUCUCUGACCUCGUCCUCCUCACCGCGCCGCUACGCAAGGACGGCAAUGGACAAUGACGACGAGAGGGAAAGUUGGCCGUGCAGUCGCAACUAUUCCGAGCAAUCUGCGUCUCCAAUUCGGACUGCCGACAGUCCACUCAGCUUCAGGAGACACAGUGUGCAACCCGCCAGUCCUUUCAAGGCGGCUGCGUCUCGCAUGCACGAUGGCCUCACUCCGUCUUCAAAGCUUAAGCCUGCUGUGAUCACGACGUCUUCGACUGCCCUCCUGAGUUCGAUUCCAGGCAACGGUGUCGCGGCUUCGGGUGACACGACGCUGACGGCACCUUCUGUAGUGGCCACUACCAUUGUCACCACCACUACGACUACUGGAGACGACAGCAUGCCGUCGUCGCAGUCUACAUCCAGCAUCACUACGUCUCUGCCUAUGCCUUCUCCCCUGGCGCAUGCCGCUCCUUGCGUCCCCUUCCAGUGAGGCAGCCCUACCCACGCCGGGGCUGGGGCGAGUCUCCUGAGACGCGACGCCUUGAGCGACCCGUCUGACCGAUGGCGGUC